CUAAGAAGCAUAUGGCUGAUUUGCCAAGAGUUUCCGCAUCCCCUCUCCGAUAUCAUGCGUACAGACGAUGCCGUCCCAGUGGACUUCCUCAAAAAGGAGGAUGGCAGAUCUCAGCUGCGCCUUGGGUUUCUUUUUUGGGUGUUGCCACUUCUACGUCAGCAGCCAAUAUCAAAUCCUUUUCUAUUUCUCGGCCCUGCGGCCUCGAAAAUUGUGACAUGCAGCCUCUUCAGCCUCACCAUGCGAGUGCGGGAUGCUUGAUGACUGAAUAAGAGCCUGUGCCUACUUCUGGCAGCUGUAUUUUCAGUCUCGACUACGGCGAAAUCAGCACUCAAAAUGAAGCUCUCUCUAGAUAUUUGCAUCCUUUCCUGUAUUUGUCACUUUGCGCUUGGUGCCCAGGCAAAGUCAUUUGUCGAGGCUAUCUCAGCUUACCCAGAACUUUCCAACUUUACAAGCCUGCUAAAUUCGAAUUCCGGCCUUGCAUUAAUCUUUUAUUCAAUCUCACCCACAGCACCGCAAACUGUCCUGGUUCCAGACAAUAAUGCUUUUGAAAGCUUCCAAAAAUCUACUGGCCAGACUUUCGCAAGCCAACCAUAUGAUUAUAUACAGAAUGUCAUCAACUACCAGCUACUGAAUGGCAACCUCAAGUCGGAAGACUUUGGCCAUACAGCAGGAAUUACAGUGCCAACAGGGCUUAUAGGCCCAACCUACAACAACAGGACGGCAGGAAGUUCAUUGAUAUCCUCUGGUGCCUCAACGGGGAAUCAUAAUGGCCAGGUGGUGUUCAUCGCUCCGAACACUACUUCUACCAGCUUUAGUUCUCGGCAAUUGGGCUCUAAAGGAGCAUACGUACAAUCGGGCCUCGGUCACCAAGUCAAUCUGACUGCAAUCGAUGGCGUUUGGGAUGGCGGAGUGUUCCAGAUCGUGGACGGCUUUCUUACCCUCCCGCUGAUCUGCACUCAGACGAUUCGAGCGUGGGGUCUAAAAGCUCUCGAUUCCUCCCUCAACCGUACAGGCCUUUCAUCAGUGCUCGACCAUGUCAACAACGUCACCUGUCUGGGCCCCAACGACAAAGCCUUUCUCCAAGCAGGUAGCCCAGACACGAAGGCCAAUGUCUCUGAUCUCACUUCGGCCUUAGCGUUCCACACGAUUCCCCAGCCGCUGUACUCGAACUUCCUGCAAGAUGGGCAGACUUUCGCGAGCUUGACGAAUGAUACAAUCAGGGUUACGAUCAGAGAUGGAGCCUAUUAUUUCAAUGAUGCAAAAGCGAUAAAACUCAAUGUGCUCACGAACAAUGGGCUCAUGCAUGUGCUUGACCGUGUCAUGUCCCCCUUAGAUAGCACAGGUGCCAGUUCAUCCACAAAGCCAUCUUCGCCCACUGCAACGGUGACAAGUGCGGGGACGCCGAGCUCAAGCAGUACCAGUCCGACCACCACCCAGUCAUCGAGCGCUGCUCGAGCUUUGGUACUUGAGUCGUCAGGCUGGAGAAUCUUCGAAAUCUUGGGCUUCGUUUAUAGUUAUAUUUUCUUGCUCUUCUGAAGCCAUUAUGAUCGAGAU